AACAAAUACUUACUCUGAUUGUUGAUCCUUCACAUACUGUGGACCACGGCAACAUGGGUUCCGGAGAGAAGCCCACUGUCGCUCCGGCGACGUCCUAUUCUCAUGAUCCUGAAUCCGGCGAUGUCAAGGCAGGCACCAUGCAGGCCAUGGUGGAGGCCGACCUGCUGGAUGAGCGAUACAUGAAUACCCAGCGCGGUCUCAAAAAUCGACAUGUACAACUGAUGGCAUUGGGAGGCACAAUUGGCACCGGUCUCUUCGUGGGUUCGGGUCAAGCGUUAGUGAUCGGUGGCCCGUUAUCGCUUCUCCUGGGCUACACCUUCAUCUCCGCACUCAUUUAUGCGAUCGUCACUGGAAUCGCCGAGGUAGGUGCCUACAUGCCAGUCCACGGUGGCACCAUGAGCUACCAUGGCUUUCGCUACGUCUCACGGAGCUUGGGUUUCGCCAUGGGAUACCUCUACUGGUACUCAUUGGCAAUUCUGGCAGCUUAUGAAAUCGUCGCCGCGUCCAUGGUCAUCGAUUACUGGCCCAACAGCGUGCACAUCGCUGUGUGGAUUACCAUCAUGCUAGUAGUCAUUGUGGUACUCAACUUUCUUCCCGUCGGUGCCUAUGGAGAGAGUGAAUUCUGGUUUGCCAGCAUCAAAAUUAUCACCCUGAUCGGCCUUCUCAUCCUCUCCUUCAUCCUCUUCUGGGGCGGCGGUCCGAACCGUCAGCGUCUCGGCUUCCACUACUGGAAGGACCCCGGUGUCAUGAACACAUAUUUGGUCGGUGGUGACCGUGGUCGCUUUGUCGGUCUCUUGCAAUGCAUUGUCAAAAGUGCCAUCGCGUUCCUCUUUGCCCCCGAACUUGUGGUGAUCAGUGGCGGUGAAAUGGAAUCCCCGCGCCGGAACAUCCCUAAGGUUGCACGUCGCUAUAUUUACCGACUAGUCAUCUUCUACUUCCUAGGUUCGCUCGCGAUCGGCGUGAUCUGCCCUUCCAACGCCAAGGAACUGGUGCACGGCGAUGGCCAUGACGCCUCCUCAUCCCCCUUCGUUGUCGCGAUUUCCAACGCUGGAAUUCCCGUACUAAAUCACAUCGUCAAUGCGGCCAUCCUCACUUCCGCCUGGUCGGCCGGCAACUCCUUCCUCUACAUGUCUUCCCGCUCUCUCUACGGUCUUGCAGUAUCAGGCAAUGCCCCCAGCAUCUUCAAGGCCUGCAACCGGUGGGGUGUCCCUUACUACGCGGUCGGCAUCUCUUCCCUCUUCCUCUUUCUCGCAUACCUCUCUGUUGGGAGCGGCAGUAACACGGUCUUUAACUGGCUGAUCAACUUCACCAACACCUCCGGGUUUAUCAGUUGGACCUGCUGCGGCAUCAUCUACAUCCGAUGGAACAAGGCCAUCCAGGUGCAAGGCAUCGAGAAGCCCUACUCCUCCCGCAUGCAGCCCUAUGGCAUGUAUAUCGGCAUGGGUGGCGCGAUCUUCUUGACUCUGAUCAACGGCUUCACCUGCUUCUUCCCAUCGGAAUGGUCCGCGUCCAACUUCUUCACCGCCUAUAUUGGUAUUCCUGCCUUCUUAGUCUUGUACGCCGGUCACCGGAUUAUGUUCUGGAAGGAUCCAUGGGCGUGGCGACCAGAAGAGGUGGACUUGCAAACGGGAUUACAGGAGAUUUUGGCAGCGGAAAAACCGCCCCGACCGAGGGACACGUGGGGAAGGAAGAUGAUGGCGCUGAUCGAAUGAUUCUAUCUCGACUCUUUCUUCUAAUUCCGGUAUUUUAGUUACGAAUUACAUGCUAAUAUGCGUGGGUAGUUUAAUAUCUCCAUAGCUAUAUUUCCACUCUGAAUGAUACCAAACCAAUGCAUCAUUAUAAUUUAGUACCGUCACUGGGGCAGAUAAGGCGCUUAUUACGUAUGCGAUUCAAUAUGAUAUGCGUGACCCACCAGCCCCAUCCAUCUUAUCUUCAGUUUGUGAUAAAGUUGGCCCUUUUCGGGCAUUUUUGUCGGUACCCACGUGGGUCGUCUAUUUUUUAGUUCAUGGACUUUUGUUUUUCCGGCAGAAGUUGAUUCCUCAGGUACUAUCCGAAUGUCGGGUUCGAAAUGUACAGAGUACAUCUAUCAGGAUUACUUAUGGAUGGCCACUGUCAUGUCAGACAAGAUUAAUGCUCAGAUUCAUACGCAAUGAUAGUUAUAUAGCCCUUGUUUUACGAACUUUCACAAUACUCAGCAUGGAAGAACCCUUCAUGUAAUAAAUAUAUAUUUGGGACCAUCAGCCGUCAAGUACGAUUAGUACUAAGGAAUCACCAAUAAACCCAAGGAGAACUUAGUGGGACAGCAAUACCAAAUCAACAUUAUAUUCAUGGACAAUCUUGCAGAGGGAAGAGACAGACUGUGGCAAGAAACACGCACCAACACUGACCCUGCCGUCAGCC